GAGUAAUCGCGGGCGUGGUAGCAUGCCUACAUUUCUACGGUCAUAUUAGAACAAAAACGAAAUCGUUAUUCCGCUACCGGCAAUGCCAGUCGCCAUAUGGACAAAAUGAGGGUACUGUAAUUGAUUGAUGUAAAGAAUAUCCACCAUUUCAAUCCCGCCCUUGACAGAACAAAGUUUAGUUAUUGUUCUUGCGUGUGUAAUCGUGUCUAGUCGGAUACAGUGUUUCGAAUUGCGGCAACAAAAAUGGCACCGAAUUUACCUGUACAUUUAUGCAUAUUUUUGAUCCUCUCAUGUGUGGAUUCCUGCUUUAUCCCUGUCUCCAUACAAGCAACAGUACCUCGGACAGUACAAGUUGGACAUGUUAUUGCAAAAGUUGAUGUGGACCAAUGUGACACCAUCACAUUGGACUUUACAACUAGUGACCCCGACUUCACAGUACGACCUGAUGGCACUAUAGUAACAGACGCCAUCACCAUGGUACCAGCCAAUGGCAGAACAUUCUCAGUGCAGUUUCAGGACCCCAAUGCUCAGAAGAGAGAAAUGAAUGUUUACCUUGUCCAGGACUCUAGAAAGGUAUUGAAAGACGGCCUACUAAAACGCUCCAAAAGACGUUGGAGUCCUCUGCCUUUCAACAUCAUAGAAAAUGACGUUCAGCCAUUUCCAAAGAACGUUGAGCUGAUUGCGUCUGAUUCGUCGGCCAUUCGCAGUGUGUACUACACCAUCAGUGGGCCCGGAGUGACAGAGGAGCCUGUGGGUGUGUUCAGUGUGGAGAUGGAGAGUGGGAUGUUGAAGGUCAACAAAGCUGUCGACCGCGAGAGAACCCCUCAGUUUGUAUUUCAAGCCAGAGUGUUUGACAGAUACACCAACCAGGAGACAGAUCUACCAUUACCCAUCACAGUGAAUGUAGACGAUGUGAACGACAAUGCACCAACUUUCACUGGCCUACUGCAGUUUACUGUGCUGGAGCAAAGCAAAGCAGGGACGAUGGUGGGGAUGGUGAAUGCCACAGACAUAGACGAGCGUGGUACAGACCACACUAAGAUCAGGUACUCUCUCCUCUCUGGGACUAACCUGUUCUACAUUAACCCAGAGACAGGAGUCAUCAGCACCAAAACAGACACCCUCGACAGAGAGGUGAAUGAUAAGUAUUUGGUGACAGUGGAAAUCAGAGACAUGAAUGGAGCUCUGAAUGGUCUAUUCAACACAGCCACAGCCACCAUUGUGUUGGGUGAUAUCAACGACAACCCUCCCACAUUCACAAAGACAUCUUACGAUGUAAAAGUUAAAGAGAACCAAGGAGAGGGACUCAUCCUCAGAAUCCCCAUUGAAGAUAAGGACUUGGUGAAGACACCAAACUGGAACACUGAGUUUGUCAUCCAAAAGGGGAAUGAAAACGGGAACUUCAGGAUCGAAAGAGACCCCAAAACGAAUGAAGGACUAAUUUACCUAAUAAAGCCUCUAGACUACGAGAAGACCAAGAAUCUAAAGCUGGAGGUGUUGGCCCGUAACCAGGCUGAGCUGAGUGGGACCACGGCCCAGUGGAUGUCCAUCCCUGUAGACGUCUCUGUAGUGGACGAGGACGAGGGACCAGAGUUCACCGCCCCCACCGUACUCUUCACAGUCAAGGAGAACACUCCUAACGACACCCUGAUUGGGACCUACAUAGCCGUAGACCCAGAGACCAAGAGCAGCGCCGGCAUCAAGUAUUACAAGGUCUCAGACCCUGCUUCAUGGAUCAAGGUAGAUGAAAGCACCGGACAGCUGAAGAUCGCCAAUAAUAUCGACAGGGAGUCCCACUUUGUAACGAAUGGCGUGUACAACGUCACUAUGAAAGCUGUUGAUGCCAGUCUCAAGACAGGUACAGGGACAGUGAUUAUUCAAGUGGAGGAUGUGAACGACCACGUCCCAGUCAUCCCCUCUAAAGACCUGGUGGUGUGUGAGAAGGAUGGGGGAGAGAUGGGCUCCGUGCUGGUGGUAGCAGAGGACAAAGACCGAGCUCCAUUCUCCGCCCCCUUCAGCUUCGAACUGGGAGAGGAGCAUGAUGGAAGAUGGGCUGUGAAGCGACUUAACGACACUGCAGGGAUGUUGGAGCACACCAAGGACCUCCCUAUUGGUCUGUAUACUGUCCCCCUGAUGGUCAAGGACUUACAGGGAUUUGGAAAGACCCAGACUGUAACUGUCCAGAUCUGCCGCUGCAGGAACGGAGCGUGUUUGGCCUACCAGAACUCCACGUCGCUGGGGGUGUGGGCCAUCCUGGCCAUGCUGCUGGCGCUGUGCCUGCUACUUCUUCUCUGUAUCUUCUUUGCAUUCAUCUGUGUUACAAAGAAUGAGAAAAUGGAGCUGGAAGAUAUGGGAGACAGUGGCGGUAUCCUCCUGAAGUCUAACAUUGAGGCCCCAGGGGAUGCAGUGGAUUCAAAUCUCAUCAUCGUUCCUGCAUCUGGGAUCGACUCAUCAGUGAAGGGAUCCAUGAUUGACGUGGGGUGGGUGGGAGUUAAGAACUCUGGUAUGAUUGGAGGAGGCCUGGGCGCUCAGCAGUCCGGCGGCGUCAUAGUGACCGAUAUGGAGACCGGCUUCUCUGGCCAAUACGAAGGCAGCCAGUACGUUGGACAAUAUGGCAGUGGACAAUAUGCCAGUGGACAAUGUGGUGGAGGUCAAUAUGGCAGUGGAAACAUGACUUUUGACAACACACGUUUCAUGAAAUUCAACAACUCUGCAGCUUGGCACACCUGGCAAACCAACGGGCUGUUUUUACAACAGAAGUUGGCUUACCUAGGGACGAGGGAGGAGGGGCGAUAUGCCGAUGACAUCAUCCACGCGUACGGCUUCGAGGGGGUGGGGUCUCCAGCCGGCUCAGUGGGCUGCUGCAGUGACCAAGGCAACCAGGAAGACCUGGACUUCCUAAACACAUUGGGGCCAAAGUUCAAGAUAUUAGCUGAUGUCUGUAACAAGAAAUGAACAAAGAGAAUGUAAUGCAUUAUGUUUUUAUUACUGUAAGUGUACUCUUUUUCUAAUAAUACCAUGGAUUUUAGGAAUCUGUUAAGAGGGUUGCAAUGCUAUCAUUCAGAGUAAUCACACUGAAUUGCUCUAACUGUUUGUUGGUUAGAGACAUUUUGCACUGGAAAGUACCAUGUAUUUACUUGUACAGCAAAUUCUCCAGUGUUGAAUCAACUCUGCGAUUUGUUAAAUGUAACACUUUUUCAGAGUCUAUACGGGUCCACACUUUUUUCAGUGAUAUUAACAUUUUAAUGAACACCUGUAGUGUUAAGGUAACUUGUAUUUGGGGUAUGGUGUAAAGCCGUAUUUGCAUAUUUCCCAGUGUGCCUUACCUUUUCGAGUGAAUUGUAGAAUUGUUAGUGACAAAGACAUGGUCAUUGCAUUCGUUCAUUUUCAGUCCUGUGGCUUUCACCAAAUAAAAUGAUUAACAGUG